ACCACUGCUGUCAACUGAAGCUAGAAAUAAGUGACUUUCCACUUUGCAGUAGUAAAACCUGUAGUCACAGCCCUCUGAGACUGAGGCAGAGGAAUUGUGAAUUUGAAUCAUAGCAACAUAGCAAGUUUGAGACCAGCUAAGCAACUUAAUGAGAUUCUGGAGGGCGGAAAGGAGGGGAUGGUAGGAAAUGUGUGACUCUUCCUCCCAGGAGACUAGAAUUGUCAAGAACCCUUUCUCCCCAUUUGCGCUAUUAGGUAGAAAUGAGCAGACACUCAAAGUGGAGUUCUUGGCUCAGACAGAUGAGCAAGCUCAGGAAUGGGCUGUUACAAGGGGCUUUGGAGACUACAAAGCAGCUGGCAAGCUGUGGGAGAGAGACACAGCAUAAGAGAACAGAAUAGAAACAGUAGACAGAGUGCAGAUAAAACGCGAAUCCCAGAGGGCCCUAGCCAGCUGCAUCCCAGGCAAUCUGGAGCCCAGGAUUGGAGACCCCACCCCUGCUGUGACAUCACAGGGGAGUGGAGUGGAGGCGAAUAAAAAGGUGGUCCGCCGCCCUGGCCUUGGACUAUUGGCAGCCAGAUUGUCAAGAGGAGAAAGAGGCUAGGCACUGGCUACAGUUGCCUGGCUUACAGGAACCGGCUCCCUUCCUCAAGCCCCACUAAGCGGGUCGGCUCCAGACCUUAAUCUCUGUCUCCCAGUCCUAAGGUCCCCUCUCUCCUUGGGCUGUCACCCACAGCCCUUCUGAGUGGCACUGAGCACUUGCUCAGUAUGAACUGUAUAUCAGACUUCUUCACCUACGAGACCACCAAGUCCGUGGUUGUGAAGAGCUGGACCAUUGGCAUCAUCAACCGAGCUGUCCAACUGCUGAUCAUCUCCUACUUUGUGGGGUGGGUUUUCUUGCACGAGAAGGCCUACCAAGUGCGGGACACCGCCAUUGAGUCCUCAGUAGUAACAAAGGUGAAAGGCUUCGGACGCUACGCCAACAGAGUCAUGGACGUGUCGGAUUAUGUGACCCCACCCCAGGGCACCUCUGUCUUUGUCAUCAUCACCAAAAUGAUCGUUACUGAAAAUCAGAUGCAAGGAUUCUGUGCAGAGAAUGAGGAGAAGUAUCACUGUGUGUCUGACAGCCAGUGUGGGCCUGAGCGCUUCCCAGGUGGGGGGAUCCUCACCGGUCGCUGCGUGAACUACAGCUCUGUCCUCCGCACCUGUGAGAUCCAGGGCUGGUGCCCCACCGAGGUGGACACCGUGGAGAUGCCUAUCAUGAUGGAGGCUGAGAACUUCACGAUUUUCAUCAAGAACAGCAUUCGUUUCCCUCUCUUCAACUUCGAGAAGGGAAACCUCCUGCCCAACCUGACGGCCAAGGACAUAAAAACCUGCCGCUUCCACCCGGAAAAGGCCCCGUUUUGCCCCAUCUUGCGGGUAGGGGAUGUAGUUAAGUUUGCUGGGCAAGAUUUUGCCAAGCUUGCUCGCACGGGUGGAGUUCUGGGCAUUAAGAUCGGCUGGGUGUGCGACCUGGACAAGGCCUGGGACCAGUGCAUCCCCAAGUACUCUUUCACUCGUCUGGAUGGAGUUUCUGAGAAAAGCAGUGUUUCCCCUGGCUACAACUUCAGGUUUGCAAAAUACUACAAGAUGGAGAAUGGCAGCGAGUACCGCACACUCCUGAAGGCUUUCGGCAUCCGCUUUGAUGUGCUGGUGUAUGGAAACGCUGGCAAGUUCAACAUCAUCCCCACCAUCAUCAGCUCCGUGGCUGCCUUCACCUCUGUGGGAGUGGGCACUGUUCUCUGUGACAUCAUCCUGCUCAAUUUCCUCAAAGGGGCCGAUCACUACAAAGCCAGGAAGUUCGAGGAGGUGAAUGAAACGACACUGAAGGGUGCCACCUCGACCAACCCAGUGUUCCCCAGUGACCAGGCCACUGUGGAGAAGCAGUCCACAGACUCGGGGGCCUACUCCAUCGGUCAUUAGAGCCUCUUCCUGGGGUCCCAGGCUCAUGCUGGGGCUGCAGAACCUUCAACGAGUCACUCUAUCUUGGCCGACUGGGUGGGAUUGGGGAGAAAGGGGAGCUCUCAUUUCUGUUGCUCACCCGAAGGCCAGAGCCAAGUAUCAGC